AUGGGUCCACCACCCAGGCAGGCGAGACAUGCCAGGCAUGAAGGCAGCCCGGCCCUGUCACAGCGCGCCGCUGCGGUCAAGGCCACCCACCACAUUCAGCACCCAGCGCCUGCGCCUGGACGAAAACAAAGUCAACAAGGAUCCAUCCUACCCUUGCAUCUCCUUCCCGCUCUCAUCUCCCCCCACACACUAUACCCUUUCACAACACACACUCUCUACUACUCUUUGACAUUGCCUGCUCCUAUUCCCACCAACAACAGUCUCACUCCCCGUCUCUCCUUUCUCCUUCUUCCUCUUUCUCUUUUCCUAUCUCCUACCUUCUCACCAGUCACGCUCAUUCAACGCCGCCACGACGCGCACAGGUCGGCGACCAAGCCUUCAGGGGGAGCCGCUGCUAAGCAGCGCUCCGACACGAUCCCCACGAUUACCACCCAACUCGCUCGCUCUCCGUCCCCUGAGCUCGCAGCGACCACCAUGAACCCGUCAUACGUCCGGACACAGCUGCAGAAGCUGCUCGACGACAAGUCGAACAAGCUGCACAUGGUCGGCACCAUGGGCCAGAAGAUCCUCGCCCAGCAAACCGAGCUCGAGGAGCGUAUCCGAGAACUCGGCGACAUGGACGAAGACGGCGGCGCGGAGAUCAGCGACGCUACGAGAACCAAGCUGCUCGAGCUCCAAGACGCCAUCAAGGGCUGGGACUCUGAUAACCAGACCCUUAUCCGCGAAAUCGGAGGAGAUCAGGCUUUCGUCGAGGUCAACUCCGAGCCCUAUGCUGCGUCCGACUUCGGACCGCCCUUAGAGACCCCCGAUAAGCGCACAGGGACUCAAAGCCCGAACACGCUCACGCGGCGGCAGCGCAAUGCGCAGCAGAACCGAGCCCUCGAUAUGGAGUUUGCGACCGAGAUCGGCCAGAACCUGCUCGUCGAGGUCCGCAGACUGCAAUCCCUCCUCACCGAGCGUGACCGCACAAUCACGCACAUGAACGAGGAGAGAGAUGCAUGGGAAACUGAGCGCACCAAAUUCGCUACCACUAUCAAGAACGCAGAGGCUACAGUCGACCGUUACAAGGACGACAACUGGAACCUUGAGGUUAGCCUGCAGGAGCUGCGAACACAGCACCAGGACAUCCAGAGCCAGUUUAGUAAAGCGUCGACCGAGCAAACUCGCCUCACGAAGCAGCUGGCGUCUGUUCGCGAAGCUGCCGAGGCCCACAAGACGGAGGCCGAGAAGAACGCUCAGCUCAUCGAGGAGCUCAGGGCGAAGCACGACACCGACAUGGCUCAGUCCCGCAAGGCUGCGGCCGGACUCGCCCGCGACAAGAGUGAUCUGCUCUCGGAGCUGAACGCCGAGCGACAGCGUGCCAAUGCCGCUCAGAAGUCUCGUUCCAUGCGUCUCGGCAGCCCUGCCGUCCGCAAUUCUUACGACUCUGACGAUGACGAUGUCUUUGGUGCCGACCCCAACACUCCCCGACGCAGGGGCCCUGGAUUCGAUGCCAACGACCAGGCCCUCUCGCCGUCUCAACUGUACGCCUCCGACUUCGACUCGCCCAACCACUCCCCCGAGAAGACCUACCCGCGGUCACCGCUGGGCGAGAUCUACGCCGAUAACAGCCAAGUGGAGGAGCUGCGCGAGUCGCUGGCCAAGGCGCAAGCCGAGAUCGCCGGCCUCAAGGAGCAGGUCAAGGCCGCCCACGAGGCCAAGGAGUCCACUGCUCCUUCGAGCAACCUCGAGGUCCCUGAGAUCAACGAGUUUGGCGUUAUUGACGAUAAGGACGACAUGAGCAAGAUGUUCUCUCUGCGCAACGGUGGAAAGGGUUCGACCCGCGGCCGACGAGGACGGGGUGGAUUCGCUUCUUCGUUCUCGCGCAAGCUUGGAUUCCCUCGGGGCGCAACCAGCCUUGCCGAUUCACCCGUCAUCGCCGAUCAGAGCUUCGACUCCAACUCUUCGGGCACUCCUGAUCUACUGCGCAGCCGUAACAUCGAUGACUCUCCGGCUUCUACACGUGUUGCGUCGCCUCUCUCGAAGCGCAACGAUGCCCUCGGAGAGACCCUCGGAGAUUCACUGGGUGACGCUUUCAACGAAACUGCACCUGCCACUCCCCCCGGUCUUCACCAACGCUCGCACUCCAUCGCUAGCACUGUGGACGACUUUGUCAGCGCAUCCGGACACUCCCGACAGGCUUCAGAGGCCAGCGUUGCCGGCCCGACUCUUGCUCUCAGCGAUGAGCUCGCUGCUCCUGAAGCUUCCUCUUAUGCCGAUGCCGCGGUUAUGACCGACGACUGGUCGCCUGAGAGCUCUGUCUCCCCUCUCGGAACUCCCCUUCCCCAGGGCUCUGCCACCACCCCUCGCGCCGACCAGAAAUCAUUCGACAUCGAGACGACCCCGCAGACCGCUCCCAUCCAGCUCGCCUCGCCGGCGUCCACCCAGUCUACGAUUAUGGACACUGAGGCUGAGACCGACUUCGAGGACUGUCGCGAGACUGUUGGCUCUUUGACCCCGGUCCGCGCCAUGACUUCUGACUUCCCGACCGACACCGAGGCCUACGCGACCGCCAACGGUGGCAACGACUCCAGUGCCGACUCCGACUCUGACGACCAGAAGGACAAGGCUGCUGGUGGCAAGGGAUUCCUCGCCUUCGGCCUCGGCGCGGCUGCGGCUGCUGCCGGUGGCUGGACCGCUCGCCGUGGCAUGCGCAACUCUGCCAGUCGCGAGAAGAUGACUCUCAACGUACCCUCCGGCGACCACGUCACUGAGCGCAUCGUCGAGGUCCCGGUCGAAAAGAUCGUGGAGAAGGAGGUCAUCAAGGAGGUCCCGGUCGAGAAGAUUGUCGAGAAGGAGGUCAUCAAGGAGGUUAUCGUCGAGAACCCCGUCGAGGUCAUCAAGGAGGUCGAAAAGAUCGUCGAGGUGCCCGUCGAGAAGGUCGUCGAAAAGGAGGUCAUCAAGGAGGUCAUCGUCGAGAAACCUGUGGAUCGCAUAGUCGAGAAGGAGGUUGAGAAGAUCGUCGAGGUCCCCGUUGAGAAGAUUGUCUAUGUCGACCGCGAUGUGGAGAAGAUUGUCCACGUCGACCGCGAGGUACCUGUCGAGAAGAUCGUCCACGUUGACCGCGAAGUCCCUGUUGAGAAGAUUGUCCAUGUUGACCGCCCUGUCGAGGUCGAAAAGAUCGUCGAGAAAGAGGUCAUCAAGGAGGUCGAAGUCAUCAAGGAGGUUCCUGUCGAGGUCAUCAAGGAGGUCGAGGUCAUCAAAGAGGUCGAGGUCAUCAAGGAGGUCCCCGUCGAGAUCGAGAAGAUCGUCGAGAAGGAAGUCAUCAAAGAGGUUCCUGUCGAGGUCAUCAUCGAAAAGGAGGUCGAGAAGAUUGUCGAGGUCCCCAAGAUCGUCGAGGUCGAAAAGGUCGUCGAGAAGAUUGUUGACCGCGAGGUCGAGGUCCCCAAGAUUGUCGAGGUCGAGAAGAUUGUCGAAAAGACGGUCGAGGUCCCCGUCAAUGUCGACGUCGAGAAGAUCAUCGAGAAGGAGGUCAUCAAGGAGGUCCCCGUCGACCGCAUCGUCGAGGUUGAGAAGAUCGUCGAGAAGAUCGUCGAGCGCAAGGUCGAGGUUCCGAUCGAAGUUCCUGUCGACCGCAUUGUCGAGAAGACGGUCGAAGUUCCCGUCGAGAAGAUCGUCGAAAAGGUCGUCGAGGUCGAGAAGAUCGUCGAGGUCGAGAAACUCGUCGAGGUCCCUGUCGAGAAGAUCGUCGAGGUCGAAAAGACUGUCGAGGUCGAGAAGAUCGUCGAGGUUCCUGUUGAGAAGAUCGUCGAGGUCGAGAAGGUCAUCGAGAAGACGGUUGAGGUCCCGGUCGAGAAGAUCGUUGAGAUCGAAAAGAUCGUGGAGGUCCCCGUCGAGAAGAUUGUCACUCUCGAGAAGACGGUUGAGGUUCCCGUCGAGAAGAUUGUCCAGGUCCCCGUCGAGAGAAUCGUCGAGAAGAUUGUCGAGGUCCCGAAGGAGGUCAUUGUCGAGAAGGUCGUCGAGGUCCCCAAGGAGAUUUACAUCGAGAAGGUGGUUGAGGUCCCCAAGGAGAUUGUCGUCAGCCGUGCCACCGACGACGGCCAUGCCGACCCUCACACUGCCUCUCGCCAGCUCGACGUCGAUCGCCCGACGACACCGACCAAUGCCAACCGCUCGCAGUCUCCUGCUGGCGGCCCGUCGCCCGACCUCAGCUUCUUCCGUGUCUCGCCUGGUGCCAACCUCGACUUCUUAAAGUCUCCUCCACCUCCUCGCAAGUCCUCGCCUCGUGCCCUGGACGUCAAGAACGGCCACGGCUUUGUCGAGGGAGCUUUGCACUCGCCCGGUCUCGACCAUGCUGGCGGAAGCGCGCACUCGUCGCCUGCGCCUGACAAGUCGCGGUCGCCGACGAUCAACGUCCCGCCCCCUCCUGUCAGCCCGCCGCCGGUUGGCACGCCCGUGCGUAAGUUCUCGGCCAACCCUAUUCGACCUGCGUCCCCCGCGCCUGAUGACUUACUGAAGAGGGCUUCCAGCUCUGCGAGUGUGCACAACCGUGGUGCUCGUGGUGCGCCCUCAUCAGCGGGCCAGGCCAUCCGUGCGAACUCGUUUGCUCAGACUCCGACGCCUUCGCCUGCUGCGGGUCUCGGGACGGCCACUAUUAUUAUGGGACCCCCUAGCAUGCCUCCUCCCAAGUCAACGACCCUCCACAAGGAACAAUCUGUAGCUUCCAUGCGCUCGCAAACCAAGUCGGUGGUCUCCCGCGACCCCGACGCCUGGGCCAAAUCGCGUGCCACGGUUAAGCGCCGUGCCACGGCCGUUAUCAACGAGCGUGAGCGCGAGCGCUCCCUCUCGCGCGCGAGCGAGUACGCCUCUGUCAACUCGAGUGUGUCCGACUUUGGCCGCAUCCGCCACGAGUCCAUGUCGUCGAUCGACUCCAUUGCCGACCCCAGCCGUCGCUCUGUCAGCAACGGCUUGACUGGCCCGUCGACCGACCCCGGCACAAUCCACGCGAUCACGCAGACGAUGAUCGGCGAGUACAUGUACAAGUACACUCGCCGCACUCUUGGCCGCGGCAUGAGCGAGAACCGACACAAGCGCUUCUUCUGGGUUCACCCCUACUCCAAGACACUGUACUGGAGCACGCAGGACCCGGGCUCUAGUGGAGCUCCGGAGUCCAAGGCCAAGAGCGUCUUCAUCUCGGGCAUCAAGACGAUCGAGGAUUACAAUGCGGCGCCGCCGGGACUGUACGGCCAGAGUAUUGUCGUGAACACGCUCGGCCGCGAGAUCCAGUUCACCGCCCCGACCAAGGAGCGACACGACCUCUGGAUCACGGCACUCCGAGUUCCUGUUAGCGCACCAGGGCGGCAGCGGGGGGUCUAA